CCCAGGGGGACUCGCUGCCGGCCCGGGCCUAGACCGCGCGCUAGACCGGGGUUUUGCGCACUGGCUGCGGACCGAGCGCCGGGCUAGGGAGACCAGCGGCUGGCGCUGGGCCGCAUGGAGCUGCUGGCGCUGCACACGGGACGGCGGCGGGGGGCGCUGCUCCCGCAGGAGCCGGGAGAACCGGAGCGCAAACGAGUAUGCAAGAGUUUAGAGACCGUUCCAAAUGAGAGUGAUUUUUGCCACCAAUUAAAUGAAUGUGCUAUGGAUUACUGGACUAUGGAGCUGGAUUCUAAACAGAAAGGUACCACAGAACAAUUUAUUCCUCAGACUCCUAAGGAAAAGCCAAAUUCAAUGAUUUUUCAAAAUCAUGGAAGCAAAGGUACUGCCCAGCCUUGCCCAAGAUGUAUUGCAGGAGAAUCUGGACACUUCAAUCAUAUUAUGGGCUUCUAGAAGAAGAGAGCCUGCAAAGCAGCAAUGUUCAGUUUCUGUUUUUAAAACAUAAGAACAUGCAUGUGUAAACGCCGUACAGCUGGAUUUCUGUACACACCCAUUCAAUUAAUGUGGAUCUAGAUUUGUUAUACAUAAUGUAAGAUUUUGUGCAUUAUGUUGUAUUUUUAAUACAAAAAUCCAUAUUCCUUUGUUUUUAUAGUUUAACAAGUUGUUAGUUCAAAUAACUUCCAUCUUGAUCCUUCCUUCCUACUCCCUCCCCAAGGCCCUUCACGCAGGCUAGUGUUUCAUUCAGACAUAGGUGUUUUUAGUAGUGGGUAAAGAAAGUCAUGAAAGUAGGUCUGAUUUUGCUUUGUUAUAGGAGUUUAGUUAGCCCAGUGUUGGUCCAAUCCUGCAAAUCCUUAGUCCUCUUGCUCCACUUUCUGUUCCUUUUGGGCACCUAUUGGGACACUGGUAGUGACCAUCCUUAUGUUCAGAUGAGAACAGGGACUACAUUUGUGGCCCAGCUUUUUCUAGAAGCCCGUACAGAGUGACAAAGCAGAGGUUCUCUUUACACACACACACACAGACACACACACACACACACACCUUGUACGCCUGCACAGAGGCCAAUAACAAUCUGGUCUUAAGCUUGCACUUCUUUGUUACUCAUCAAAAACAUAUCCCCCCCAUCCAUUUUUAAGAACUUUCCACUUUUUUUUAUAAAUGAACACAGUUUUACACACACUCCUAUCUCUGAAAGAGAAAUAUUAUUUUUUGCAACAUUCCAGCAUGUGAAAUUGAAUGGUAGCACCUGUGCUAUGCAGUUCCCUGUUCAAAGCUGCCAAGGACACAACCAGUUUGCCACUGCUUGACUCUAGUAGGGAAGACUCACUUGUUUUCCAGUUGUUGGUUUGGUUGCUGGAUCUUGGCCACUGCUGAAAUUGUUUGAACAUUAUUUUAAAUUUCCAUUUCUUGGCAGUAUUAAUUAUAUUUCAUUUUUAUCAUAUGUAUUAUAUUAAAGUUUUUAGGCAACCUAACAUAGGGCUCAAUAAUGACAGCAGAGUGAGGAUGAGGGGUGGGUGCACUGUCCCAAGGGUUGCUCUGGGAGGAAUUCACUAGUAGAAGGUUCUGGAGCAGAGGAGGUAUAGCCAGCAUAUUGGGCUCCUGUGUGGGAGGCUGAUGGACAUAUGGCCCAAACUCUUAACUCUCUUUUGUUGUAUCAUACCCCAGAAGGUGCACACAGAGAAAUCUCUGAGCUACAGUUGUGCCUCGCUGCUGCUCAAGGGAGGGCUUCCUUUAAGGAGCCAGUCAAACAGUUUAGCCCAAAACAAAGAUUAUGGGCCAGAUCUUUCACUCUAGUUAACCUAUGAUCAACACAGGACCCGAAGAGGCAGUAGGGCAGAGUUGGCAUUGGAACAGUAUUCUGCCUCCGCAGUUCUGGGAGCAUCCAGGGACCAGUUCAACUCCCAGAGCAACUUAGAACUGCAGCCCUGAAGCCCAGGCUUACACCAGGCUGGUAUUAGCCCUCUAAGGGUUAUCAUACAGCCAGGGAUUGACAGGCCAUUCAAGCCAAGUCCCCUUCAACCUGAUAGAAUGCCCUUUGUGUUGGGUGGAGGUAGAAGGAGCAGGUGGUGUAGGGCUGGCUGUUUCUUAAAAAUAUAUUAAUCUUAAAUAAAUUGAUACCACAUUGAUGGACAGACACCAUCUAAAGAUCAAAGGCAGACAGGCAAUAAGCAUGACUAGGCAUGAGUUUCUCUGCAAUAAUAGUACAAGUAGAUGGUCGAAGGUACAAAGGAAUCUGAAAGUUCAGUUAUUGCACAAUGACUCAAACCCUCUUGUGUUUUAUUAAGUAAGGUCUGGUCCACACCUAAAAUUUAUGUCUAUCUAGCGAUAUCACUCCUGGGGUGUGAAAAAUUCACACCCCUUAGAGAUGUAGUUAAGCCAGUUUAUUUCUCUGUGUAGAAACCACUAAGUCAGUGAAAGAAUUCUUCCAUCAACCUGGCUGCCGCCUCUCAAGGGGUCGCCUCUCUACAACUAUUGAAAAACCCAUUACCUCACUGUAGCAAGUGUCUACGCUUUCAUGCUACUGCAACACAGCUGCAGAACCAUAGCUGUGCCACUAAGCACCAAUAGUGUAGAUAAGCCCUAAAUGUAAUCAUGGGUAUAACAAUGUAUAGCUAAA